UGUGUCUACCCAAGUGCAUGAAGGAACAUUUGGACAAAGAUGGAGGCCUGGCCAACCGUGGCCUGGGUCCUGCUGAUGACCAACAUUGCUGAUUGGCUGAAAACUGUCCAAUGCCGGGACUUCACCAUGACAGACAUCAUCCAGCUGCAUCCCUCGACCACCCCUCAUCCUGGCAGCUUCAAGUGUUUCACGUGUGAAGACGCGGCAGAUAACUACGAGUGUAAUCGCUGGGCGCCGGAUGUUUACUGUCCAAAAGACGCCAGAUACUGUCACACGCUGCACAUGAUGGACAACCAUGGAGACAGUGUGUCUGUGACCAAGCGUUGUGUGAGCCUGACGGAUUGUCAGUUCACCGGCUGUGCUGACGUCACUGAUAACGGCUACCAGGUACGUUUACCUGCUCUAAAG